AUGGCGAUUAUAGGUAAAGUGGUGCACUGUGGGGUGGACUUGCUGCUGGUCUCUGCGUGCCUCGCUGGGAUCAAGCGCAACACGGGGCUCACAGUGAAUGUGGACCGCUGGGAGAACGCGGAGGCGAAGAAGUACACAAGGAAGUACCUAAACGUCGGGGAGUCCCUCUACGACUACGCCGUGGCCUCCAUGGCCAGCUCGAAGUACUGCAAGCGAGAGUAG